AAGAUAAGUUUUAAAUUGAUAAAAAUAUAAAUGUGUGAUAAGAUUAUAUUGUGUCGGAGCGUCAACUAGCCGAGGUGUCGUAGAGCGAACCAAUGUGCUUAAAGCGUCGGAAGUGAAAUCAAUGUGGAAUAUUGUAAAAAUCAUCCAAACAUUUAAUACUAAAGAAAAAUGUAUUUCCUUGCGGAAGAGUAAGGAUUGAAUUUAAAAUCUAAAAUGUGUCACACGCAUAAAGUUCCAACGACGGUAUCAUUAAAUAAAGGUAGCUCUGUUGGGGUGCUCCGGUGCUGGAAAGGUGGUUGUCGGAACCGAACUGCGUUGGCAAGGUCGAGCGAUACCUGGUUCGACAAUGUGAAAAUUCCACUUCCACAAAUAUUUUAUUUAAUGUCCCAGCACGGAUAUUAUUUAAUGGCCCAUGAUUCUGCAUCGAUUCCCUCCGACAUUUUUGAGCCAUUGGUGUACGAUCUCAACGUGCUAUUCCUCAACUUCAGCUCUAGCUUGGAGUUGUUGUUGUAACGGCAGAAAUCUGCCCGGUUGACAGUCCUUGGCCGGAUAAAAAUCCGGGUCCGUUCCGGUUUUCGUAGACCCGACUAUCGUGGGAACGGUCUAGCUUGGAGUCAUCCCACUCGUUCUUGCUGCCGAGGGUGACCUUAAACUUUUUCUAGAAGUUAACUGUAUUGGUAGUGAUGUCCUUCGGGAGGAGGGCUAUUGGUAUAUUGCCACUUAUAUUUUUCAUUCUUUGUGACGAGACUACCUUGCCUUUGCCACACCCCUCUGCAGUUAUUUGCAGAAGAGUGUGUUUGGCUACCUGACCUAUAACCAAAUGAAGCGGAGUAAGUUCCAGCAGAACCUCCAGUGCCGCCGUUGAACAGGUACGCAUUGCGCACGUCAUGCAGACACAGGCUAGUCGCUGCAGCUUCGAUCGUUAGGAGGCUUUCUCUCAGCAGCCGAACCAGGUGAGGCAGUGAAAACUGCUCCCCCUGUUGUAACAGCGCUGGAAAGAUGCCAUCCACUCCCGGAGACUUGAAACUUUCAGACGAGGCCAUUGCCCACCUGAUCGUGUCCGCUGUAUAUAAUUGUUUGGCGAUUCUCCAAUCCUCCCGGCAUGUGUUCGAUGACGGGAAGACAUUGGUCUUCCCGAAUAGUCUCCGGGAAGUGCUCCCGCAGAAGCUCCGUGGCUCUGUUCUCUGCGUUUGCCUUUUAAUUGCUAUUACUGCGCCAUUUGUGCCACUAGCGAUUGCUUUAUUCAACCGAGCCGCUUCUGGUGUAGAGGUGACACUUUCGCAGAAUCUUUUGAAGCUUGCCUGCUUUGCAGAUCUAAUCUCCCUAUUGUAUAAGGUGAGGUAGAUCCUGUAUUCUUCCCAGACCUCCAUUCAUUUCGCUUUGUUGAAUAGGCUACAUACUUUUUUCCGGAGGUUGUUGUUGUUUCUGUAACGGCAGAAAUUCUGCAGAGUUGACAGUCCUUGGCCGGAUAAAAAUCCGGGUCCGUUCCGGUUUUCGUAGACCCGACUGUUGUGGGAACGGUUUUUUCCGGAGAUCUGCCAGUUUCCUUUACCACUAGAGCCAGUUUCGUCCAUCUGUGGUAAUUUUUUGGGGGCAGCUGCCGUGAUAAGCGCUAAUAACAGACCCGUUCAGCUCAGAUAACUUACUCUGCAGUCCUGGGCCUGAAACGCUAUUAUCAGUCUGCCCCUUCCCGCUUAGUUUCCCACGUAUUAUAUCCUUGAAAGCACACUAGUUUGCCUUCCUACGGUUGCGUCUUGGGGGGAGCUGUCUGACCUCUAACUUCAGCGUGAACCUUACAAUCCUGUGGCCUGACAAGGAGGGCUCCGUCGAGACUCUGCAUUGUGAGACCAAUCCGUUCGCAGGCUCAUUGCUUAAGAUGAUGUCCAACACCUCUCUCCUGCUUAUAGUUAUAAAUGUGGGUUCACACCUUACAUUUUCUAUCGCUAAGCUACUUCCUACUAAGUACUCUAAAAGAGACUCACCUCUUACGUUGCAGUUUGUACUGCCCGAUUCCACGUAGCAGGCGUUCGCAUCGCAGCCAAUUUUCAGGGGAAUCCGGUGCCUUUCUGCAGUGUUCCACCAGCAUUUCCAAACCCCUCCGGGGGUGCCGUGGAUGCCUCCCCUGGGAGGUAGACCGAAGUCAGGACGAAAUCCUUGCCUUCGAACUCCCUGGCUUGCACCUCCACUAGAUCCUGCGUCAGUAAUUCUGAAAUGCAAAAGAAGUCAAUAUGUUCCUGACUACUACUCAAGUUCUAGGUCUCUCGCUAGAGAGAUCCCAGAUUACAUUGUUGGAAUUUGUCUUGAGGUCUCUAACCUUCCCUCUGCCAGGAUGCCCAGUUUAUCCGAAGUGAACCUGCUCGCUAUGACAGCCAAGGCUGCCGCAGUGUGGUGCAGGUUCACCUGGGCAACUUGCACUUGACGGCCACUAGAGUAUUGGUUCGAUGAGGGCAAAUCCUCAUCCCUGCCGUCAUUCGUGAUGCCAUCCAUUGGGUCUCGUAGCCAAUCGAGUAGUUCUCUAUGCUACUUCCGCGGCAGGGACUUCCAAGGCCGCAACCUGCUCCGCCUUAUUUUCACUUGGUUGAGUAGCAGCCUCAUCCACUUAUCCGCUUCCUCGCUCCCGGUAGCCAUUGUAGGCUUCUAUGGCCUCAAGACCGUGGUAAACCUAUAUUAUAAACGAAAGCUUGCUGCUCGGACAUACUUGUACGACUCGUCGUCUAUGUACAAGUUUAGUCUCUAUCUCUUUAUAUCACGCUUUUACUCAACAUUGCUGCUAACUACGCGCAAGGCCGAGAUACUGAGGCCCAGGUUCCUUUUACAGCAUCAGCGUAUCUGCGCCGCCAAGACUUUUGCGAUUUGGCAUAUACAAAUGGGUUUUCAAACCCCUUUAAGCAAUGGGGGUUUGCGGAUUUACCAAUUAUCAAUAAUUUCAAGUUAUACGAACGAUCGCAAUUCUGCCUUGGAUUGCACAACACCCUUGAUUAAGUAUAUGAUAUUUGGACCAAUUUCUUACAAUUCCAGCGCUAAAGCACAUAAUUUUUAGGAAAUCGUUCCUAGUCAUUUCAUUAAAAUAUCACGAAUUUUGACCAGCUGUAACGGAAUGUCGAAGUCCAUUCAAAAAGAUAACUUUAACGCCAACGGAGACGAUGUACCCGCGAUAAUGGAAUUACCACCUCUGGGACUUUAUGCAUUUAAUGUUACUUUGCCAACUGAAUGGACAUUAUUUACAUGGAGAGAAACUGCUUAUACGAUGUUAGAUGAAAUAAAAAAACUUAAUGAGAUUUUUAGGAUAAAUGUCUCUGUUGAGAAUUACUUGCAACCAAAAUGGUUAUGCAAUGAUUUGGAAACCACGAGAUCUUUUAAUUUCUAUGAAAUGUGCAAAAAUCUGGAAACCACCGGUAACAAUUUGUUUGAAAUUUUGUUGGAGAACAAAUAUGUAUUAGAGGAAUUGCAGCGUUUCUCAUUAUUGCUAGAAGAAUCUGUCAAAAAUCGUGUUCGCCACACUCCUCCCCGAUGCGUCAAUUGUUUAAAUCAGCAAGGCAUUUGCAAUCAUGCUAAGAUCGCUAUUCUAUUUUCUGGUGGAAUUGACUGCUCAAUUUUAGCAGCGUUAUCAAACAAAUAUGUUGAUGAUCAUGAUUCAAUCGAUCUCAUAAAUAUAGCGUUUGAAAGACUGAGUCCAGGUCUAGAAACCAGUUGGGAUGUACCUGAUAGGUUAUCUGCCAAAAAUUCUUUUGCGGAAUUAAAAAAGUUAUAUCCUCAAAGAAAUUGGAACUAUGUCGAAGUUAAUAUAUCGCGACAAGAACUUUAUGAUAAUUUGCAGAGCCAUAUCAAACAUCUUAUAUAUCCUUUAAAAACUGUUUUGGAUGAAAGUAUUGGUUCUGCGUUUUGGUUCGCUUCUCGCGGCAAAGGUAUAUGCUUGGGAAAGGAAUAUUUAUCACCAGCAAGGGUUGUUAUAGUUGGAAGUGGCGCGGAUGAGCUAUUUGGAGGAUAUACGCGCCAUAGGAAUGCGUUUUGGCGCUUUAAAGGUACUGAUACCGAAAAACUGGAAAACCUUCAUAAAGAAUUGGAUAAGGAUUGGAACCGAAUCUGGGCUCGAAAUUUAGGGCGCGAUGACAGGGUUGUAGCAGAUAAUAGUAAAACGUUAAGAGCCCCUUUCAUUGAAGAACAUCUAGUUCAGUACGUUCGCAGCUUCUCACCAUCGCAGCUUUGUUGCUUUCUACUGAAAGAAGGAGUAGGUGAUAAAUUAUUUUUACGACUAUAUGGUUUCCAAUUAGGCUUAAGAAAUAUAGCCUAUGAAAAAAAAAGAGCAAUUCAGUUUGGAUCAAAAAUAGCUAAUAAGAAACAAAAUGCGACUGAUCGUUCAAUUUAUUUGUAAUAUACUAUUUAUUGGAUAAUGAGAAGCUUA